AUGCCUAUAUCAAUCUUCCCCUCCCCACAAAAGACCACACGGAUAAGCAUUCCUAGACCCACCGCUCAUAUCUGUUUACCUAAUCGGGUACGGGGGGGGGGGGGGGGGGGGGGGGGGGGGGGGGGGGGGGGGGGCGGGGGGGGCCAACACAAAAAUUGUGUGUUAAUUUUGGGGGGGGGGUUAAAAAAGGGGGGGGGGGGGGUAUUGGGGAAUAAUGGGGGUAUAUAA